CUUCUACGCAUGCGUGCGCUGCGCAUUGUUACCUCCAGUCUGUUGUUUUUAAACUAUCGGAAGCAUCAUUUUAAAACAUGUCAGAGAAAGGAGAGGUGGAUCUAACUGGUGCCAAGCAGAACACGGGAGUAUGGCUUGUAAAGGUUCCCAAAUAUCUCUCUCAGCAGUGGGCGAAAGCGACCGGCAGAGGAGAGGUCGGGAAACUCCGAAUAUGCAAAAAAGGAAACCAAGGAAAAGCAGAGGUGUCUUUCACUUUGAAUGAAGAGCUGACUGUGAUCGAAGGUAUAGAAGACAAGACGGUGUCUGCGCCUCGCGACCAUCCGUUCACCAUGCAGACAGUGGGAGGUCAGACGUUGGCGGUCUUCACAGAGAAUUCAUCGGGCCAGUCAGAAGAAAGAUCUGAUGGCAGCAGCUCAGUUUCGGGGGCGGGGGCAGGCCCAGAUAAAAUCGCCCUGGAGGGAGUGGUGGUGCAGAGAGCAGAGUGCAGACCUAAUGUUAGUGAAAGCUAUAUGAGGCUGAAGAAAUUGCAAAUUGAAGAGUUGGCCAAGCCAGUCAGGCUGUCACAACAGUUGGAUAGAGUUGUCACCAGCAACUACAAACCGGUGGCCAACCAUACUUACAAUCUCGAGUAUGAGCGUAAAAAGAAGGAGGAGGGCAAGAGAGCAAGAGCAGACAAACAGCAGGUGUUGGACAUGUUGUUCUCUGCUUUUGAAAAGCAUCAGUUCUACAACAUCAAAGACCUGGUGGACAUCACCAAACAGCCUGUGAUUUACCUGAAGGAAAUCUUGCGUGACAUUGGCGUCUACAAUGUGAAGGGAACACACAAGAACACCUGGGAGCUCAAACCAGAAUACCGACAUUACCAAGGCGAUGAAAAGACUGACGAAUAGCUUCUGACCCUACCAAGGCUGAUACAAGGACUUUUAUUUUGAAAGGGGUAGUGUCCCUCCUAAACCAGGCCUUGGUUGGCCUCCUGAUAUCCAUAUAUCAGGUCAAAGCAACACUGGAUGAUAAUGUCAAGCAUAUGUUGUGUCUGAUAGGGAGAGGUUGUUGUAUCCUAUUAUUUUGUAGGAGACAGGAAGAAAGGGCAAGAGGCAACUAAUUCAAGUUUAACGCUCAUGUGUGCACUGUCUCUUCUGGAUGUGGUGUCUGUCACAGCUCCUGCACACCCUCGGGGCCCCAGUAUAUGAAUUUAGUUGUCCUAUCAUUCAGUGGCUCAGGACAUCAUUUUAUAAUGCAAAGGAUGCAUUUAUUGACCCUGUUUCUUAGCAUUGAAUUAUUUAUUUUUUUAAUGCUGUGGCACAAGGGUGCAGAGGUAAAAUGUUUAGUGGUUAGAGAAUAAAUGUUAGGAUGGACAGGACACAGGUGAUAGCUCUCACUGCUAACUUGCAUGUUCUGAGGAAGUUACUUUUUCUAGAUGUUUUUUUAAAUGACAUGUUCCACAAAGAUUCUGCCUGAACUUGUGUUCACAAAAUUUUAAUACCACCAGUAUUGCUGGAAUUCUUCCUGUUUGUGCUUAAGGAGGCUUCAUAUAUGCUCAUCUGUUCAAAAUUGUAAUAAAACAUUGCAAUAAAUGUUUUU